AUGCUAUGGAAGGUGACGGAAACGGAAAUGUUGGAGGAGGAGAACCCGCCGAAGGGGGAGAAUCUACCGGAGGAGGAGAAGAACCUACCGGAGGAGGAGAACCCGCCGCAGGAGGUGAACCCACCGCAGGAGGAGAACCCGCCGCAGGAGGAGAACCCACCGCAGGAGGAGAACCCGCCGCAGGAGGAGAACCCGCCGCAGGAGGAGAAGAACCCGCCGCAGGAGGAGAACCCGCCGCAGGAGGAGAACCCGCCGCAGGAGGAGAACCCGCCGCAGGAGGAGAAGAACCCGCCGCAGGAGGAGAACCCGCCGCAGGAGGUGAAGAACCCGCCGCAGGAGGAGAACCCGCCGAAGGAGAACCCGCCGCAGGAGGAGAAACCGCCGAAGGAGAACCCGCCGCUGGAGGAGAACCCACCGCAGGAGGAGAACCCGCCGCAGGAGAACCCGCCGCAGGAGGAGAACCCGCCGCAGGAGGAGAACCCGCCGAAGGAGAACCCGCCGCAGGAGAACCCGCCGCAGGAGGAGAACCCGCCGAAGGAGAACCCGCCGCAGGAGAACCCGCCGCAGGAGAACCCGCUGCAGGAGAACCCGCCGCAGGAGGAGAAGCAAGCGAGGGCCAGGCAGCGUGAGGCAAAGAAACAGCAGACCGGCGCCAACGAGUGCGAGAAACCGGCAGAUGAAUAA